GUCAUCUCCACGAAAUAACGCAGGUUGUGAGAAAUAAAGGUUGCGAAGUACGUAGUUUGCCCCGGGAGGUCGGAGGUUGCCUGCGCGCAUUUGGCGCGUCCGCGCAAGAUCGAGGUACAAGUCCAGGCCAAGUCCAGGCUAAGUCGAGAAGUUGAGGAACUGGGUUUGCGCCUCUGUGCAUCCCCCACAUGCAUGUCCAUCACAAGCGAAUGGGCUGCCGCCUAAUCGGGCUGACUGCAGCCUUUAGUCGAAUUUUCACCGCACGUCAUCUGGGGUUGUAACUUGUGAGGCGCUGCCCCUGGUAUGCGGUGGCCCUUCAACGGGCUGUCUCGCGACGCCCGCGUUGUCAAUUGCUGGCCCGAUGACCCGAGAUCUCCAGGAGCGGCCUGGUAGACUACAUCCCUAGAGAGGAGUUGCCACUCUAGGCUGCAGUGGUGAUUGGCGGCAAUACGAAGACAGUCUCCCAGCCCCGUCUCUUGUUUGUGUCUGGUCCCAUCAUGCCCCCAUGUUUGCAGGUGAGAGAAAAAUUCUGAAUUCUGGCAUGCCUCGCGCUAGGUCGAGAGCCCCGCACACUUCGCACCGUGCGAUCGUAUCCAGUUGAUGGCGGAUCAUAUUGGAGGAGGGCGGGGGGUUAGACCCGAAUCCCCGAUGGGUUAACCCCCCACAAAGGUCACAGCCCCAGAUGUGCGAUGUGAAUCUCAAUUUUAGCAGAGACCAUCCAAUCGUGCGGAUGGCAAUUUGGUUGACACAGAGGAAAACCCAAAAAGAUUCACAACUCACGACUCAGCAGGCAGCCCACGUGACGCAUUCCUGAUUAGGAAACACACCGGAGAGUUCACGCGGUUGCUUUUGGUAUUUCUUCAAUUGAUUCUACUCUUCUGCUCGCGUGCCUCACAGUUUCUUUUUGGCCAACCCACUUGAUUACCAAGCGGUCUUUUUAUUUAUUUUCUCAGAUCGGUCUUUUCUUUCCAAGGGACAAGGGGGCUUUUUCUUUUAAGAAUCGAAGAAGCAUGUUCUCUGGCAUGUUCCGCAGGCGGCAGGCCGUUGACCCCGCUGCCGCCGAGUCGCCCGGUUCAUACGAAGUGCCCUUGUACACCAACGCAGCCUACUACCCUAACUGGCGGGUUUACAAGAAACAGCCUCCUUCAUCGCUCCGUCUGGGGUUUAUCUCUCACGUAUUCUACGCCUUUGCUUGGGUCAAAGAUGAUGGCACAAUUUAUCUCAGUGAUGAGUGGGCAGAUACCCAAAUGCCCGUGGACGGCACGGAGGGCUGCCUCCGCGCUUUUGUCCAGUUGAAACAGCAAUACUCUAAGAUGCGGGUCAUCCUCUCUGUUGGUGGUGGUGGCAAAGGGAGUGAGAAUUUCGCAGCUGUUGCUCACAAUCGUUCUUGUGUGGAAACGUUCCUUCGAAGUGCACGAGCAUUGGUGGAUGAGUUUGGGCUGGAUGGUAUUGACGUGGACUGGGAACAUCCUGCAGACCCCAAACAGGGCAAGGAUUACGUUCGUCUGCUGUCCAAGCUGCGCGAAGUUUUGCCUGCCCCACGCUAUGUUCUGACCUCCUGUCUCCCCGCCGGUCAAUGGGCUUUGCGGAAUAUUGAUCUGGCUGCGGCUCAGAUAUAUCUCGACAUGAUAAACCUCAUGGCCUAUGAUUUCUCUGGACCCUGGGAGGCUGAAACCGGCCACCAGGCCCAGCUCUACGGUUCACCCAUCUCAGGUUACUCGGCGGUUGACUAUGUAUUAUCGCAAGGGGUACCCUCACGAAAAAUUAUCCUGGGUGUGCCUGUGUAUGGGCGAUCAUUCCUCGGCAGCAACGGGCCUGGUCAGCGGUAUACUGGUAACGGCGGGGAGGACGGCGUCUUUGAUUAUCGCGAUCUUCCACGCCCUGAAGCUCAAGAAUAUUAUGACAAAGAGGCUGGCGCUGCGUCUUGUGUUGGGCCCGAUGGAGGCUUCGUGACCUACGAUAUUCCCGCGACGGUACAGCAAAAAGCGGAGUUUGUGACUUCUUCGAAACUGGGCGGCUUGUUUUAUUGGCAUAUUUGCUCUGAUGCCCGAGGGCCACGCAGCCUGAUUGAAACCGGGUAUAACACGCUUCAUGAAAUGUAACAUAUUGGGUGGCAUUAGUCGAUUAUUCCAAGAACAAUAACAAAAAGC